GUAUUCCCUAGGGUCUACCAUUCUCUCUAUCCAACAGUAGGAGGUCAUUGAGAUCAGAAAACGCCUUUUCCUAUCGGGGAAAUGUUCAUUCGCGUUUAUUUCUCUGAGUGAUACGAAAUGGACGUUGCUGAACGUCCCGUGAUUAAUUUUGCCAUUAACGGACCAUCAGAAAUUGCGUUGAGUGAGGAGGCCAUAGCAGCUCGCCAGAGAAAGCUUCAGGAAGCUAAGAAACAUUUGGCCUCUAUAAAUGAAAAAAUACUGGAACUACAAGUUAUGUUGAGAAGAUUGUCUAGAAAACCUCGUUUUCAUAAACUUCAGUACGUUCUCAAACAUCGUGUGGCUGUCUAUUCAGGUUUACGUUCGGUCUACCUUAAAUAUUGCUGUAAUUUGCAAGAAGAUCUAAAUCAGUUUCAACAAUACUAACAAUAAGAACAUCAUCGUCUCAUCCACAACUUUUAUAG